AGGUCCAUGUACUUUUUUGUCGGCAAUUGGUCACCGGUUAGCUUUGGGUUAGCUUGUUUCUCCUGGUCGAUGAGAAAAAUGAGCACAUAUCUUUACGAACUCCCAACCACCGGUGCCAUCUCUUUUGGAGACUUUUGUGUUGACAGCACGGCCUCCAAUGCGUACGCAAGUCACAUUGCUGAAGCUACCCAGGCCCGAGCGAAUCUGCGGGGUAUUCUCAAAGAGACCAAACGCACUGACACGGACGAUAAGGAUUAUCUACGCUUGAUCAAGGUUCUCGACGACUACCUCCCAUACCUGCAUGGGAUCAUGGGCUGUGUCGCAUCGGGGGACAUGCGGCUGAAAUCAGAACCCAGAUUCAGCUGGCGCACGACACUGUCCGCACACUUAUUCCACACGUCCCCAAGAAUCCCUCUUGCAUCGCUGCAUGCGGAUCUUGCAUCCUCAUUGCUUACUUAUGCCUUUGCGCUGUCGAAUUUUGCGCGUGUGACGGUUGCGAGCCUCGGUUCUUAUGAGCAUGAUCGAGCGAUCUCAGAUAUCGAGAGAAAGGCGAAGGAUGAGAAGCUCAAUUUUGCUGUAACGCUGCUGUGCAGAGCGAGCGGGAUAUUUACCCAUAUGAGCGAGAAGGUACUGUUAGAUUGGGAUAAAGCUGGGGAGGGCGCAUCUGGUAGGCCGCCCGAUCUGAGCAAGGAGGUUAAUGCUGCACUCGCAAAGAUGGCACUCGCUGACGCACAAACUCUGGCAAUCCGCAAGUUGCUCUCCAAAUCUGCAUAUGACAACGCAGUAUCCCCCGGCCCUCCACUUCCCAAAUCGCACCCCUCCAUCCCGCUCAUCUUUAAAUUACACCUCGAGUGCGUUUCGCUUUACUCCUCUGCUCGUACGCUUGCCAUGACGCCCAGCUCCGCGCGUCCGUCCUCCCCGCCUUCUAACCCAGAUACCAAUGCAGAAGUAUGCGUCGAGCUGCGCCGCUAUCUUGCUGACGCAUCGGCGUUCCAUGCAGCACUAGCACACAAGUGGCUGGGCGUUGACGCAGGAGAAAGUGGGGCGCGUGAGAAAGGUGGGGAAGCAGUGGCAUGGUUAUUAUGGGCGAAGAAAGAGCUUGAGGACAUGAAGGAGGGCGGGCUUGGUAUUGCGGUUGGGCGGGACCGUGAGAAACGAGGGCGCAAGGGGCGUGUCGCGGAUGAAUUAGAGAGCGUAAGCGUCUUUUUGAAACACUAUAAGAGAAUCAAUGAUUCGUUGACAUUUCAGCCUGUGCCAAAGCAGCAGGACUUGCAGGCGCAGAUACCUACAGGGCUUUUGGCAGUGCAUGCAAAGCCCUAUACACCUCCCGCACCAGCAUUCGGACCUAGAUCCGUCGAGUAUGCACGAUCACAGACGGAAGCGCUAGCACUAGAGGAUAAUGAUUCAUCGGGCGACGAGGCAGUUACCAUUCAAGUUAAGUUCUACAUCGCACGUCUGGGUCAGUGAAAAUAACGUCCACUUCUGCCGUUGUACAAUCAGAUUUAAUGAAGACGACGUCCCCUUUUUCAGUAUGGUAAGGUGGGAGGUCCCACUCUUCGGGCUUAAAAUGCUCGAUGGACAAGAUUUUCAUCAGGUGACUGAGGAGAACGUGAGACCCCAAGUUACGACUCUGAAGCACAGUGUAGGGCAUGGCGGAAUACUGUAAAACGUGGCGAGGCUUUGUCGUAGACGUGGAGCCUGUUCAUGCAGUAGAUCAUGUCGGUAAUGGUCGAGACGCAUUCUCCGGACUCUUUCCCUUGCGUUUGGAAUCUCUAGCGUGUCGUGGUUAGACUGACCCCGUGAGCAGACCAGGAUCGACCAUCGCUUG